AUGCCUUCUUCUCCUCCCCGCUCUAUUCCCAGAGGUCUCACUGUAACCGAAAUUUGCAAGUUUAUUCCCCAGUCGUGGAAACAGCCGCCACCGAGACCCAUCACCGAUGGUUCCGUUCCUGAUGCUCUGUUCAAAUCACUCGGACAUUUCGUCAUCUCCCACGGCCAUCUGUGUGAAGCUUUUAGAACUUUCUCGCUUCUCCUUCGUCACAAGCGGAUGUUGAGCAAAGAAAUUCGACCGGAUGCUUUCACUUACCCGUCGGUUCUCAAGGCCUGUGUUGAUUUUGCAUCCGGAAGAGCUGUUCAUGGCAGCUUGUACGUCUGCAAUGCGUUGAUAUCCAUGUACAAUAGAUUUGGGAGAGUGGAGAUUGCUCGGAGAUUGUUUGACAGGAUGUCUGAAAGGGAUGCUGUCUCAUGGAAUGCAGUGAUCAACUGCUAUGCUUCUCAAGGCAAGUGGGAGGAAGCUCUUAGACUUAUUCACAGAAUGGAGCUCUCUGGUGUAGAAAUGUCUGUUGUUACUUGGAACACAGUAGCUAAAGGCUAUUUGCAGAGAGGAGACUACGCAUGGGCUUUAAAUAUAGUCGCUAAGAUGAGAAACUACAAUGUAAGUUUAGAUUCUGUGGCAAUGGUUAAUGGUUUGAAGGCAUGCUCACAAGCGUUACAGUUGGGAAAACAGUUUCAUUGCCUUGCAAUUUGCAGCUGUUGCGCGAGGAUUGACAAUGUUGAAAACUCGUUGAUCACAAUGUACUCGAGAUGCGGCGAUCUUAGAUCAGCUUUUAUAGUGUUUCAGCAGAUCGAAGCAAAUAGUUUGAGUGCAUGGAACUCUAUCAUUUUCCGGUUAUGCACACAAUGA